AUGCUAUCUUCGCCGUUUGACGCUGAAAACGAACAAAUGAAUGAUUCCAUAAGGGCCGCCAUCCGUCGCUCUGGAUACCAGGAUAGAAGACGAACUAUUUCAAGGAAGCGUAGGCGUUGGGCAAACAGGACCGUCACUAUGGACAACGUACCACCGGAGUUCCGCACUCUGCGCGAUGGCUCCACGUUUCUACACUACCAGACCUCUGGAUUCCAUAUUUAUUAUUCUGAGGCGACACUUCCAGGUGACGAAUCCACGGAAUAUCAAUAUCCGAACAGUUCACAUAAUAUAUUAUAA